UUAAAGUUUGAUUAAUUUUUUUUAAUAUGUUAAGCCGAAACUGUGUAAUUCUUUCAAGACAUGUUUUAAAUCAGACGGUAAAUUUAUACGAAAAGAAUUGUUUUCAUCAAAAUGCUAAACAUAGAAUCUAUCUUCACAAAUUUGAUGGUAAAAAUGGUUGGCGUUCUAUAUCCUGGACAAAAGUAUUUUUUAAUGACCAAUCUCCUGAGGAUCUAAAAAGCCAAAUCAAAAAUGUUCAGAAUAAAAGUGAUAAGAAGGCAAAGCCAGUACUGGAAGUAAUUUCAUCCGAAUUGACUGCAGGUAAAAAAGAAACAACAGUUGUCCUGGAAAAUGUCAAAGAAAAGAGUCUUCAACCUGAAAGUGAAGAAAAUCCCAAAAUACUAUCUGCAGAUUCAAUUAAGAAGUUGAAAGAUAAAAUUAUUGGGAAAGGGGAAAAAGAAACAGAGAAAGCAAAAACUCCACCUAAGAAAAGAAAGAGGAUUGAUCUAUCUGCUCAAUCCUUGGAAAGAAACUUCAUAACACCUGUGAAGGCUAUGUCUGAUUUUCUCCUAAAGCCAUCUGAUCUAGAAGUAUUACCAAAAACCAAAAGAAGGUCCCCUUAUGAGUCUGAACCUCCAAUAACAGUCUAUUGGAGGAAAGAUGUGGAAGCCAAAGCAUUAGAAAUAUGGGGAACACAUGAAAAUCUUCAUAGGGAACUUUUGAAGAGGGAUAUUGAGAAGAAGAAAUAUCAGCAAAAUAUUUUUACUGUUAAACGAAGACUUAGAGAUUUCCGACGAGAAAUGGGCAAAUCUGCAGAUAUAAUAGAAGAUGAUGGUGGAUUGAUGGGAAGAUCUGGAAAAGUUGUUCUUACAGCAGUAGUUAUAAAUGGAACAAAUUUUUUAUUUAAGUUAUGUGCAUGGGUAUACACUGGUUCCCACAGUAUGUUCUCAGAAUGUAUUCAUUCUUUAGCAGAUACAAUCAACCAGCUUAUUUUAGCUUAUGGAAUUCACAAGUCUGUUCAGAUUGCAGAUUCGUACCAUCCAUAUGGCUACUCCAAUAUGAAGUAUGUAGCAUCACUGAUUUCAGGUGUUGGAAUCUUUUGUGUAGGCACAGGAUUGUCAGUUUACCAUGGCAUAUCUGGCCUGAUUCAUCCAACUCCAUUGGAAGACUUCUUUUGGGCCUACUUUAUCUUAGGCGGUUCUCUAGUAUCCGAGGGUGCCACUUGGUUAGUUGCAUUUAAUUCAAUAAGAAAAGGUGCAAGGGAAGUCAAUAUGACUGUAAAGGAAUACAUUUUUAGAGGCCAAGAUCCUAGUGUAAAUGUUGUCCUGUUAGAAGACUUUGCAGCUGUGAUUGGAGUUAUAGUGGCUGCUGGUUGUAUGGGGGUGUCUUCUCUAACAAAUAGUCCUGUACCUGAUGCUCUAGGAUCACUACUUGUUGGGUGUAUUUUGGGCUCUGUAGCAUCUUUUAUAAUAUACACCAAUGUUGCAGCACUUGUAGGCAGAUCAAUACCAGAAGAGAAUUUAGAAAAAAUAAAUACCGAAUUGGAGAAGGAUAUUAUGAUUAGAGCAAUUCAUGACGUAAAAGGAAUUGAUAUGGGUAGUUAUUUGGUGCGAUACAAAGCAGAGCUAGAUUUUGAUGGAAGGGAAUUGACAAGAGCGUACUUAGAUAAGCUUGAACUAAAUGAAUUAUUAGAGGAAAUUAAAGCAAUUGACAAUAUAGACAAACUAGAAGAAUUUAUGUUAAAACAUGGUGAAAAUAUAGUAGAUAUGAUGGGAGGUGAAAUUGAUCGAAUAGAAUGAAACUGAGGAAAAAGUAUCCAGAAAUUCGGCAUUGUGAUCUAGAAAUACUUUAGUUAGAGCCCAGGUUAUAAACAUCUUAAUUUUACUACAGUAUUUUUGAACUUACAAUUUAAGCUUAUGUCCUAACAGCUGUAGGUAGCUUCUAUCCAAGCGUGUUUGUUCAAUGUGGUAAAACUACAAUGAUUCUUUUCUGUAAUAUUUUUUAAGUCAUAUUUAUUGCUCUUUCGCCAAUAUUUAAUAGAUAUUAAGAGAAAAUAUGUGAAUAAAUUUUAAACACUU